ACUCUGCUUCUCUGAUUUUGAUGCACAUAAUAGGAGAGAGAGAAAGAGAAAGAGUGAGAGAGAGAGAGAUUGGGACUUGGGAGGAGUAGUGUACAAGUUUUGCACACAGCAUUCAUUCAUUCAAACCCCCAAAAAGAAACACAAGGGGCUUGGGAUCUUUUCUGCAUUUGGGUAUUUUUCUCUCUAAAAUUGACCAAAGGAGAGAAAAACCAGGCCCCAGAAAGAUUCUCAUCUGGCUCUUGCAUAGUAGGGUUUUUGGUGUUUUCAAGAGGGUUUUGAGGGUUUGAGAUAAUGCUGAGGAAAAGGAGCAGAUCACAACAGAAAGAUCAACAACACCACAUGGUGUCUGAUGCUAAUCCUGAGUCCUGUUUUCAAUCUGAUGUUUUGGGUUUGCAAAACAAAAACAAUUCCUUUUUCAAUGUCCCUGGUGUGUUUGUAGGGUUCAGCCCUAAAGUUUCAGAGUCUGAUUCAGUUUGGAGCCCAACCUCUCCCUUGGAUUUUAGGGUUUUAUCAAAUCUAACCAACCCUUUUAGGUCCCCAAGAUCAUCAUCCCAUGAGGGUAGGCAUCAAAGGAGGUGGGAUUGCAAUAAAGUAGGCCUGGGCAUUAUUGAUUCUCUUGAUGAUGCAAAACAUUCUGGGAAAAUUCUCCGAUCAUCGGAUAGUAUGAAUAUUCUUUUUGGACCACAGAUGAGGAUUAAAACCCCAAUUUGUCGAAAUGGGAUUGAUUUUCUUGAGGCACCCAAGUCUUUGCCAAAAAAUUAUGGAGUUUUUCCUCAUACCCAGAUCAAACAAUCCAAUCUUCAUAUGGGUAGCAACUCUAAUGUUCUGUUUGGUAUCGGAGAAACCCCAUUCAAACCUGAGAAAAUGAUAUCUUUUUCACUGGAUUCUGGGAGGUCUGGGUCACAUCUAACCAGUUUUGCAAACCAUAGUGCCGAUUCAAGUUUUGGGAAUUUUGGUUCUGGAAAUGGAAAAACCCCAGUGAGCUUGCCUUCUCAAUUAAGCGGAGGAAGCCAAAAUUUUGGCGAUUCAUUGGCGACAAAGCUGAAUUCAAUCCCGAUUUCUGUUAGCUCUGGCCAUGAUUUUAUUGGGUCCCUAUCGGCAAGUGAGAUUGAGCUUUCUGAGGAUUAUACUUGUGUGAAAACAUAUGGUCCAAACCCGAAAACAACUCAUAUUUUUGGUGACUGCAUUUUAGAAUGUCACGACAAUUGCUUAACUGACUUGUCUAAGAAUGAAGAACAGAAGAUUCGAUUGCCUUUGGCGGCAAUUUCAGUUAAUUGCUCUGAAGUCCCUCCUCUAUAUCCAUCCAUUGACUUUUUGAGCUUUUGUUACUCUUGCAAGAAGAAGCUGGAAGGAGAAGAUAUUUACAUGUACAGAGGUGAGAAAGCGUUUUGCAGUUGGGGUUGCCGUUCACAGGAGAUUUUGAUUGAGGAGGCAAUGGAGAAAACUGACAUUGCUUCUCCUAAAAACUCUCCAGAGGCAAACAGCUGUGAGGAACAUUUGGAAACCGGCAUGUUCAUCGCUACAUAAAGGGUUGCAGUGGUGAUUGCUUUCCUCUAGCCACUAUGCCCAUGAUUGAUGAAAUCGUCACAAAGGUAUACAACGCCCCUUGAUCAUCUGUUUGUCAAGAGCUGUUUAUGAUCAUCGCGUGCAUUGGUCCUUUUGCUGAUUGUUAUUUCAUUGUUCAUGGUCUUAGUGGGUAGUAGUGAGUUAAAAGACCAUCUAGUUUUGCUCUUAAUAAUCCUGACAUGGCUAUCGAUAAUAAUGUUAAACUUUGAGGGAUUAUUAUGGUUAAGGCAAUAAUUCGUAAAUUACUUACCUACAAGACCAUUUGAUUAAAAUGUUCUUCUAAGGUC